AUGUCACACCACACAGAAUAUACAGUGCAACUGGUCAGCGAUGUUCUUCCCCAAAGAUACAGGCAUCUGCCACCACCAUCGGAGUUACUUCUCCUCCGAAUCUGUUUUCGACAACGUGCACACUUUAAUGGAUCUGUACAAGAAUCUCCGGAGAAUGUCGGCGUUUUUCCUCUAUUGCCUGAUAUUUUAUUUUCUGAGGACUCGGCAUGGAUGAUUUUAUCUCCGUGUCUUUUAAAUGUGGGAAUUCCGACCCAUCAUCACGAACGUCCUAUAGAUGACAUCAUCUCGUUCUAUCGGGAAAUUGGAACAAGUGAUGGUGGUGAGACACCCAUAAUCACUGCAAAUAUUUUGAUGGAGACAUGGUCAUGGGUGUCAAACGAUGAAACUGAAGCAGUCGCAAGAGUGAUGCAAGAAUCCAUGGAGUUGGAAUGUUCAGCCCAGAGUCAGCAACCAAAUCAUCCAUUGAAGCCCUCGAUAAGGUGA